AUGUUGGACGACGAGAGCGUCGCGCAGGAUGAAGACGAUGAAGAUGAAGAGCAAGGCGACGCUAGAGACGAAAUUCUGACUCCUGGAACGGUCAUCACUUCUAAUUCUCAAUGGAUGCGCGGUCACGGCACCUACGUCCCACUCAACACCUCCUCCAUCACCUCCUCCCUCGCAGGCACCCUCACCCGCACAAACAAGCUCCUCUCCGUGCGUCCCCUCCGCGCGCGCUACAACCCCGAGAUUGGCGACCUCGUCGUCGGCCGCAUCGUCGAGGUCCAGGCCAAGCGCUGGCGCGUCGACGUCGCCGCCGCCCAGCUCGCCAUCCUCCAAAUCUCCGCCAUCAACCUCCCCGGCGGCAUCCUCCGCAAGCGCACCGAGACCGACGAGCUCCAGAUCCGGAGCUUCUUCGCCGAGGGCGACCUGCUCGUCGCCGAGGUGCAGCAGCUGCACCAGGACGGCGCCGCCAGCCUGCACACCCGCAGUCUCAAGUACGGCAAGCUGCGAAACGGCGUGUUUGUCGCCGUGGCGGGCACCGGCGGAGGCGCCGGCGUUGUGCGUUCCAAGCGCCAGCUGUGGACCAUGGAGGCGGCCAACGGGGGCGGCAAGAUUGACGUCCUGCUCGGCGUCAACGGGUACAUCUGGAUCAGCAAGCACAUUGAGAGCGAUGCUGCCGCUGAGGCGGCUGGCAUUAACCGGAUGGAGGAGAGCGUCAGCUCGCAGAUCUACUCUAGCCAGAACAACCACAUUGACGUUACUACAAUGAGGGAGAUUGCCCGGUGCAGGAGCGUGAUUCUUGCGCUGGUGGAGAACGGAGUCAAGGUGGAUGAGGACACCGUGACGAGGGGAUACAAUGAGGCGGUUGAGUUUGGAAGGGAGUCAAUGGAGGAUGAUAUCUACCUGGGAGGCGAAAGGGGGCAAAGACUAGCUGCGGCGUUGGCUGGGCGAUAG